AUGGCGGCGUGUAGACGUGUGCACCUUCUCUUACUGUUUAUAUGCUUCUCUGUUUGCACCAGUUCCACCUGGGCACAAAUCAAUGGGAGCGUGAAGCUAUCAGAAAAUGCGGAUAAUGCUAAAAAACAGGGGAUACAGAAACCUGUAAUCCCUCCAGCCCAGCCCGGGGCCGGAGAGGCCCGUCGCUCCACCGGGUGGAAGCUGGCAGAGGAACAGGCCUGUCGGGAUGACUUGACCAGGCUUUGUCCUAAACAUUCCUGGAAUAACAACCUUGCCGUACUUGAGUGCCUGCAGGAUCGGAAGGAGGACACAGAGAUAAGUGCCGACUGCAACCACCUGCUGUGGAAUUACAAGCUGAAUCUAACAACAGAUGCCAAGUUUGAGAAUGUGGCAGUGGAGGUGUGUAAGAGCACCAUCGGAGAGAUCAAAGAGUGUGCAGCUGAAGAGAAAGGGAAAGGCUACCUCGUGUCCUGUUUGGUAGAUCACCGUAGCAACAUUACAGAGUACCAGUGCAAACAGUACAUCACCAAAAUGACCACCAUCAUCUUCAGCGACUACAGGCUCAUCUGCGGCUUCAUGGACAAGUGUCGAGACGACAUCAACACGCUGCACUGUGGGAGUGUUAACACAGGAGAGAAGGAUCUGCACUCCCAGGGGGAGGUGAUAGCGUGUUUAGAGAAGGGCCUGGUAUCAGAGGCUGAGGAGCAGGCAGGUCGUUACUCCAUUAAAGAGGACUGUAAAAAAGCCAUCAUGCGCGUGGCUGAGCUCUCCUCUGACGACUUCCACCUGGACAGACACCUGUACUUCGCCUGUCGCGACGACAGAGAACGCUUCUGUGAAAAUACACCAGCUGGAGAGGGAAGGGUGUAUAAAUGUCUCUUCAACCACAAGUUUGAAGAGAGCAUGUCUGAUAAGUGUAGGGAAGCUCUGUCGACCCGUCAGAAGCUGAUAGCUCAGGAUUAUAAGGUCAGUUAUUCUCUGGCCAAAGCCUGUAAACAGGACCUGCGCAAACUGCGCUGCUAUGUGGACGCCACCCUGCCCAAAGUCAAAGAGGCCAAGCUCUCCUACCUGCUGCUCUGCCUGGAGUCCGCCCUGCACAGAGGUCAUGGGGUGUCAGGGGAGUGUCAGGGAGAGAUGCUGGACUACAGGCGGAUGCUAAUGGAGGAUUACUCUCUGAGUCCAGAGAUCGUGUUACACUGCAGGACAGAGAUAGAGACCCAGUGCUCCGGCCUCCACCACAAAGGCAGAACUCUCCACUGUCUGAUGAGAGUGGCCCGUGGAGACAAAGGCCCGAUGGAUAGUAGCUGCCAGAAAGCACUCCAGUCAUUGAUCCAAGAGACUGAUCCCGGUGCAGAUUACCGGAUCGACCGGGCCCUGAACGAGGCCUGUGAGUCGGUCAUUCAGACCGCCUGCAAACACAUUCGCAACGGAGAUCCCAUGAUCCUGUCGUGUCUGAUGGAACAUCUCUACACUGAUAAGAUGGUUGAGGACUGUGAGCUGAAACUGCUGGAGCUGCAGUAUUUCAUCUCUAGAGACUGGAAACUGGACCCCAUCCUGUACCGGAAGUGCCAGAAUGAUGCCGCUCGUUUAUGCCACACGCACGGCUGGAACGAAACCAACGAGGCAAUGCCCGCCGGUGCCGUCUUCUCCUGCCUGUACCGUCACGCCUACCGUACGGAGGAGCAGGGCCGCAGGCAGGACUCAUCGGAUGUGGAAAAGUCUACAUUGUCACGUGACUGUAAGACCGAGGUUCAUCGGAUUCUCCACCAGAGGGCACUAGACGUGAAGCUGGACCCAGAGCUUCAGAAGCGUUGUAUGACUGACCUGGGCAAGUGGUGCAGCGAUAAAACUGAAGCAGGGCAGGAGCUGGAGUGCCUGCAGGACCAUUUAGAGGAGCUGAUUCCUCCAUGCAGGGACGUGGUGGGGAACCUCACAGAGCUGGAGUCAGAGGACAUUCAGAUUGAGACGUUGCUGAUCCGGGCCUGUGAACCAGCCAUCCAGGCAUACUGCCAUGAGGUGGCAGAUAAUCAGAUCGACACUGGGGAUUUGAUGGAGUGUCUUGUGCAGAAUAAACAUCAGAAAGAAGUGAAUGAAAAAUGCGCAGUAGGAGUCACUCACUUCCAGCUGAUCCAGAUGAAGGACUUCCGCUUCUCCUACAAGUUUAAAAUGGCCUGUAAGGAGGACGUGCUCAAACUCUGCCCCAACAUCAAGAAGAAGGUGGAUGUGGUCAUCUGUCUGAGUACCACGGUGAGGAACGACACACUGCAGGAUGGGAAGGAGCAGCGUGUGUCAGUGAAGUGUCGCAAACAGCUCAGGGUGGAAGAGCUGGAGAUGUCUGAGGACAUCCGUCUGGAGCCAGACCUGUACGAGUCAUGUAAGCAGGACAUCAAACAGCUGUGUCAAAACGUGAUCUAUGGCAACGCUCAGGUGGUUGAGUGUCUGAAGGAAAAAAAGAAGCAGCUGACUCAGCGAUGUCAUCAGAAGAUCUUUAAACUUCAGGAGAAUGAGAUGGUGGAUCCAGAGUUGGACUUCCAGCUGAUGAGAGUGUGCAAACAGAUGAUCCGGCGGUUCUGCCCUGAGACAGAUGCUAAGAACUUGCUCCAGUGUCUGAAACAGAAUAAGAACAGUGAAGUGAUGGACCCCAAAUGCAAACAGAUGAUCACCAAGAGACAGAUUACGCAGAACACAGAUUACCGACUGAACCCUGUGCUCAGGAAAGCCUGCAAGGCAGACAUCCCCAAAUUUUGUAACGAUGUUCUGAGCAAUGCUCGGGAUGGGAAUGAACUGGAGGGACAGGUCAUAUCCUGUCUCAAACUCAAGUACGCCGACCAGCGUCUGUCUCAGGACUGUGAGGACCAGAUCAGGGUGAUUCUGCAGGAGUCUGCUCUAGAUUACAGGCUGGACCCUCAGCUCCAGAUCCACUGUGCAGAGGAGAUCCAGCAUAUAUGCGCAGAGGAGGUGGCUGCACAGGAGCAGACAGGUCAGGUUGAGGAGUGUCUGAAAUCAGGUCUGCUAAAGAUAAAAAACGAAGGCUGUAAAAAGGAGGUGCUGAAUUUAUUAAAGGAGAGUAAAGCAGAUAUCUUUGUGGAUCCUGUCCUGCACACGGCAUGUGCUCUGGACAUUAAGCAUCAGUGUGCUGCCAUUCCCCCUGGCAGAGGACGGCAGAUGUCCUGUUUGAUGGAGGCUCUCCAGGACAAACGGGUGCGGCUACAGCCUGAGUGUAAGAAAAGACUGCAGGAGCGCAUCGAGAUGUGGAGCUUUGCUGCCAGGGUGGCGCCUGCGGAGGGCUUUGCGGACUUGAGGGAUCAGGUUUGGAACUCGCCUGCUAAGAACUACAUCCUGAGCACGCUGGGCGUGAUGGUGGGCCUCCUCUUCCUCAUGGGCCUGAUGUGUGGUCGCAUCACCAAAAAAGUCACCCAGGAGCUGAAGGACAGGUAGAGAGAGAGAUGAGAGGAGGAAUGGAGGAGAGCCUCAUUUCUCUUCCUUCUCCUCCUCCUAACCCCACCCAGUGCAAAAGAACGCCCAUCCGUACCCCUCUCUCUGUUCCUCUCAUCCCAGACUGGACGGUCAAAAAGUGGGAGGGGUUUUUUGUAGACUUUUGCGUUGCCGUGGUACCUGAGGAGGUGUACAUGUUGGGACCUGAUUUUUCUCCUUGCACUUCCUUCCUGUUUUUUUUCCCCACCACACUCUGUCGCCGACUGCUUCUCUAAGACUGGACCUGCUGUGUGUGUGUGUGUGUGUGUGUGUGUGUGUGGGUGGAGCAAGAGUGCUUUGUUUCUCUCUGGCACGUGACAUCUGAAACUCUGCAGAGUAUCCUGCUGAAUUUUCUCUGAGUUAUUCAAGCCAAAAUCACAGCGCUCUGGCUUAGCCAACCACUGAUUUCACAGCCAUGCAGUCUGCUAGACUUUACCUGCCACAAACACACACACACAUACACACACAAUAAAAGGGUAUUACAUGUGUGUAAAAAUGGAUAAAAUGUUGUCAUAGCCAGUUGGUGACUGUCAUAAGAAGUGAAAAGCUGGGAUUAUAAUCUCUCUGGGUGAGUGUUGGCACCCUCAUCUCUGAAAUCCCAUUGGCCUUUUUCAGAAUACGGCGGUGGAAAAGGGUGUUUUUGCUCAGUCGUAAUGCAUUGAGUUAGUGAGUGUAACUAUGGAGACCAGAGUGGACAGUGUAUGGGGUGAGGGCAGGGCAAAAGGAUCUUCUUGUCCAGGUCAUAGUCUAAUGAGUCUACAGAGAGGGUUAAUCAUGCUCCUGUGUCUUCAGACAGCAGUGUAAACUUACCAUAGUCAGAGCUGUGUAACAGGACUGUGUAACACACGCACCGCUGAAAGCACAAAAUGACUGAGAACUCAGUGGCUGGCCUCAAGACUUAUGCUUAUCUCCAGGCAAAACCCAUC